GGUAAAUUGAAUCUAUCUUUGUUGUACAAAUUUUGACGGAGGAUAAUUACCCUUUUUCAAAAGUCACGUUUUCAGAGCCUAUAUAUAUCACGAUUGUGGCCAAAGCAUUUCACAUUCUCACAUUAUGGAAGGAAUAUCUCGAACUUUUCCUUACACCAUAAAAUUCGUUGGUUUACUUGGUAGUCAUUCUCUUGGUAGAAAUCCAAAGUUCAUGGCUACGGCGGUGGAUUUAGGAAGGGAAUUGGUAAGGCGAAAAAUUAGACUUACCUAUGGAGGAGGCAACGUUGGCUUUCAAGGAGUUGUUGCUUCAACAGUCUAUACCAAUGGUGGUAUAGUUAGAGGCUUCAUACCAGGGUACAUAGCAGCACGACAGGUCUACGGACCUACGUAUGGUGCAGAAUACACAGUUUCAAGCAAUUACUAUAAGCAUUUCGAGAUGAAUCAUGUAGUGGAGGCCUUCAUCGUACUUCCUGGAGGGAUUGAUACUAUGGAUGGUUUGUUCACUUUGAUCUCAUGGGCAUCUGAAGGGUUGCACAGUAAACCCAUUGGUCUCUUGAAUAUUGACGGUUAUUUUAAUAACCUAAUCAAAUUUCUAGAUGACGCAGUGAGGCCGAACUUCAUGGCUUCUAGUCAGAGAAAACUUUUCAGCUCUUCUUUCUUUAUUGAUGAGCUUUUAGACAAGCUAGCGUUUGCUAAAGCUUUUCCGGGUCCUGGGGCUAGUUAUGACGAAUUUACAAAUCCUGGGGCAUUGGACUUAGACUUGCAUUUGUAAUUUUAGUUGAAUUUUUGUUGGAAUAAUAUUGUCCAUGAACAUUAUGAGUUAACCAUAAAUAUUAUUCUAAGUUGCAUGGCCAGUGCAAGUCAGAAAAAUAUCUAUUUUCAACAUCAGAACGCAUCAUGUAAAUAUCAACAUUUUCUCAAUAUGGGUCAAAUGAAAGAUUUCAUUAUAU